AACCAUUUGUUCUUAACUGACUUACCUAGUUAAAUAAAACAAAACAUUUUAAACAAUACUCUGGUGUCUGAAGUCAGGAAAUUGAGAGAAACACAGCGGGGGUGGUUUGGUUUCCACUAGUUACCACAACUACAAAGUGUAAAAAUAAAAAAAUCGUCAAUAUGUAUAUUAACAAAAAAUAGCUUUUUGGUCUUAAUUGAUGGUUAGAGUUAAGCAUAAGGUUAACAUUGUGCUUAUGGUCAGGUUUCAAAUCUAAUUUUAAGAAGCUACAUUUAAGAAAAGGGCGGAGUUUAUAACUCUGUGGCUGUGGUAACUGGUGACGACCGACUCCUGAGACAACAAUAACACAAGUCAGGUUCAAGUCUGACUUUUACAUCGGAUUCAACCUAUUCUGACCAACAACAUCAGCGAAUGUGUGCUUUCAUUCUCAUGCUGAUUGAUGGGUGACGAAUAGUAGGUGCUACAGCCUGACUACCCAUACUGCCCUAGUCCCCAGUGUCAGCCUGACUACCCAUACUGCCCUAGUCCCCAGUGUCAGCCUGACUACCCAUACUGCCCUAGUCCCCAGUGUCAGCCUGACUACCCAUACUGCCCUGGUCCCCAGUGUCAGCCUGACUACCCAUACUGCCCUGGUCCCCAGUGUCAGCCUGACUACCCAUACUGCCCUGGUCCCCAGUGUCAGCCUGACUACCCAUACUGCCCUAGUCCCCAGUGUCAGCCUGACUACCCAUACUGCCCUAGUCCCCAGUGUCAGCCUGACUACCCAUACUGCCCAGGUCCCCAGUGUCGCCUGACUACCCAUACUGCCCUAGUCCCCAGUGUCAGCCUGACUACCCAUACUGCCCUGGUCCCCAGUGUCAGCCUGACUACCCAUACUGCCCUAGUCCCCAGUGUCAGCCUGACUACCCAUACUGCCCUAGUCCCCAGUGUCGCCUGACUACCCAUACUGCCCUAGUCCCCAGUGUCAACCUGACUACCCAUACUGCCCUGGUCCCCAGUGUCAGCCUGACUACCCAUACUGCCCUAGUCCCCAGUGUCAACCUGACUACCCAUACUGCCCUGGUCCCCAGUGUCAGCCUGACUACCCAUACUGCCCUAGUCCCCAGUGUCAGCCUGACUACCCAUACUGCCCAGGUCCCCAGUGUCGCCUGACUACCCAUACUGCCCUGGUCCCCAGUGUCAGCCUGACUACCCAUACUGCCCUGGUCCCCAGUGUCAGCCUGACUACCCAUACUGCCCUAGUCCCCAGUGUCAGCCUGACUACCCAUACUGCCCUAGUCCCCAGUGUCGCCUGACUACCCAUACUGCCCUAGUCCCCAGUGUCAACCUGACUACCCAUACUGCCCUGGUCCCCAGUGUCAGCCUGACUACCCAUACUGCCCUAGUCCCCAGUGUCAACCUGACUACCCAUACUGCCCUGGUCCCCAGUGUCAGCCUGACUACCCAUACUGCCCUAGUCCCCAGUGUCAGCCUGACUACCCAUACUGCCCUAGUCCCCAGUGUCGCCUGACUACCCAUACUGCCCUAGUCCCCAGUGUCAACCUGACUACCCAUACUGCCCUGGUCCCCAGUGUCAGCCUGACUACCCAUACUGCCUUAGUCCCCAGUGUCAGCCUGACUACCCAUACUGCCCUAGUCCCCAGUGUCAGCCUGACUACCCAUACUGCCCUAGUCCCCAGUGUCAACCUGACUACCCAUACUGCCCUGGUCCCCAGUGUCAGCCUGACUACCCAUACUGCCCUGGUCCCCAGUGUCGCCUGAGUCUUUCCCCCACACUAUGGACCUCAACCUUGGGUAGAGCAGUCCUACACACCCCUGGAAAAACAUUCCACCCUCUCUCCUUUCCUCCCUCUUCCCCCUCCCCUGUCUCUGUCCUUCUCUCUCCUUGUCUCCUCCUCUCCUCCUCCUGUCCCUCUCCAUCCCUCUCUCCUCCAUCCUUCUCUCCUCUCUUGUCUCCCUCUUCCCCCUGUGUGUGAUGAUGGCUGAUGGUACAGAGUCUCUACAGGCCAGUGUAAACUCCUACUGGGCAGCUUCUCCCAUCCACGCCUCCGCUAUGUCUGACGGGGAGACCGAGGGACAGGACACUGAUGAGAUAGACAGGGCCCCUCUCCUGCCCAAGCAGCACCAUGCAGGACCCCCGGGGGCCACCGGGCGGCCCCUAGCCUCCCGCCACUGUCCAGAAGACUCGUACUGUAUGGUGUACAUGAUCUUCUUCCUGUUGGGCAUCGGCUCCCUGCUCCCCUGGAAUUUUUUCAUUACAGCUAAACACUACUGGACCUACAAGCUGAGCAAUAAUACUGACGGGCACGGAGAGGAGCCGCGCUCAGACCUUAGUGAGUACUUUGAGAGCUAUCUGGCCAUCGCCUCCACUGUGCCUUCGGUCCUCUGUCUGGUCCUCAACUACCUACUAGUUAACAGGUUGUCCCCAGCGGUGCGUAUCCUGUCGUCUCUGCUCAUCAUCUUGGCUGUGUUCAUAGUGACCACGGUCAUGGUCAAGGUGGAUUCCUCUGGUUGUAGAGAGCAGUUCUUCUUUGGGACUUUAGCCAGUGUUGCUAUGGUCAGUGGGGCAUCCAACCUCUUCUCUGGCUCUGUGUUCGGGAUCAGUGGGCAUUUUCCCAUGAGGAUAUCACAGGCACUCAUAUCAGGCCAGGCUAUGGGUGGUACUAUCAGUGCAGUAGCCUCCAUAGUGGACUUGGCAGCAGCUAAAGAUGUGACUGACAGCGCUCUAGCUUACUUCCUGACGGCUGAUGUCUUCAUCCUUUUCUGUAUCCUCAUGUACCUGCUGCUACCUAAGCUGGAUUACUCACGGCACUACAUGCUGGCAGCAGAGUACAACAAGUCAGGGUCUAUACCAGAGCCCCGCGGUGAGGCGGACGGCCCGGAGGGGACACCAGCGAGCACGGUCUCCUCCGUGUCCAUCCCUCCUCUAAAACCCAUCCUUCAGAAGACAUGGCUCCUGGGUCUCUGUGUCUUCUAUGUCUUCUUCAUCUCUAUAAUGGUGUUCCCUGCCGUCUCCUCUGGGAUCCAGUCUGUUAACCAGAAGAGUGGCAGCCCCUGGACAACAACAUACUUCACCCCCAUCACCAGCUUCUUCCUCUACAACGUGGCUGACUUCUGUGGUCGUCAGGCCACGGCCUGGCUGCAGGUUCCAGGCCCCACCAGUAGAGUCCUCCCCGCCCUGGUCCUCUCCCGGACAGUCCUGGUGCCUCUCCUCAUGUUCUGCAACUACCAGCCCAGAGACCACCUUCACACAGUCCUCUUCAGCCACGACCUCUUCCCUGUCUUCUUCAUCUGUCUCCUGGGCAUCACCAACGGGUACCUGGGCACCUUGCCCAUGAUCUACGGACCCAAGGUGGUGCCACGGGACCUGGCAGAGCCCACAGGCGUGGUCAUGAGCUUCUUCCUGACGUUGGGACUGGCUGUGGGAUCGGCCUUCUCUGUGUUGAUAGUACACUUCAUCUGAAGAGGAGGAGGAGACGGGAGGAGGAGGAGACGGGAGGAGGAGGAGACGGGAGGAGGAGGAGACGGGAGGAGGAGGAGACGGGAGGAGGAGGAGACGGGAGGAGGAGGAGACCGGAGGAGGAGGAGACCGGAGGAGAAAGAUGAUCCAGACUGACUUCUCCAACAAACUUGGUCUCCAUGCAGAAUCCAACAUUUGUCCAUAAACGUCAAAUUGCAAAGGUUAAGUUUAGGCAUUUACUCUGAAUGGUUAAAGUUUGGGAUUAGGUUUUUUUUUUUAAGUACUGGAAUUGAACUCAUGACCCUCGGUGUCGAAGCUCACGGCAUACGCCCAUCCGCCAUCCCAGUCCACAACGGCCUACUUGACGGUUGUUCCACAACGCCCUACACUCACCGUUGUUCCACAACGCCCUACACUCACCGUUGUUCCACAACGCCCUACACUCACCGUUGUUCCACAACGCCCUACACUCACCGUUGUUCCACAACGCCCUACACUCACCGUUGUUCCACAACGCCCUACACUCACCGUUGUUCCACAACGCCCAAACGCCCUACACUCACCGUUGUUCCACAACGCCCUACACUCACCGUUGUUCCACAACGCCCUACACUCACCGUUGUUCCACAACGCCCUACACUCACCGUUGUUCUACAACGCCCUACACUCACCGUUGUUCCACAACGCCCUACACUCACCGUUGUUCCACAACGCCCUACACUCACCGUUGUUCCUACUGGCCCGUUUUGAAGUCAUCUCCCGACGUCCUGCUUACCUUGGACGGACGUCGAAUUUCACAGUGGAUCUUGGGCGACCGGGCUGGACUUCUCUGUCCUCAUAGUCCACUGUAUCUGAGGAGGAGUAAGGCCUAGAUUCCAUCAGAUAAAGCGAUAGCUGACACCCACGUAAAUGUAUGGAUUUGUUUAAUGAUUUGACUAAAGGCAUUACACAGUUGGUUCGGUUCUCUCCAUGUAUUAUAACAAGUCAUCUACAUUACCUGUUUUGAUAGUUUCGUAAUAAAUGGUUGCAGUAA